UCUGUCCCACCCUUGUGCCUGCGGAGCAGUGACAUUAGUAACACCUAACGAUUUGACAGAUCACAACGUAAGACGGACAGCAAGCGAGUCCUGACAGAGUUGUACAGAAAUGAAGGUAAUCCUGUCGAGUUACUCAGCAGUGACGGGUCGGACGGGCUGACUCGGAGGGACGGCACACAUCAUAAAGACGGGCGUGUCGACAUUUCACAAAGGCAGUGAAGUUAGAGUCAUCUUUAGUUCUUCAAGGUGAGCACAAACAUGUCUGAGUGUUCGUUCACGAGUAGAGCAGGUACACCUGCCCUGUCUUUGGAUCAGUGUACCUGUGCGGUGUGUCAGGAUGUCCUGAAGGAGCCCGUCAGCCUCCCAUGUGGACACAACUACUGCAUGGAGUGUAUUAAUAACUACUGGGAUGCAGAAAGGAACUACAUGUGUCCUCAGUGUAGAAGAAUAUUUAACUCGAGGCCAGAGCUUAACAGAAACACCGUAUUAACAAAUGUUAUAGAGAAACUAAGGAAACAGCGAGACCGUCAAGCUUUAUCUCAGAAUUACGCCGGACCAGACGAUGUGCCCUGUGAUGUUUGUCAAGGGAGAAAAAGGAAAGCUUCAAAGACCUGCAUGACCUGCUUGAUCUCCUACUGUGAGCCUCACCUGAAGCCCCACAAUGAGUGUCCUGCCUUCAAGAAACACAAAAUUGAGGCACUGAACAGAAACCUGGAAGAGAAGCUUUGUGCCAAACAUCACAAAGUGCUGGAGAUCUUCUGCAAGACAGAGGAGAGCUGUGUGUGUGCUCUGUGCGCGGCCACUGAGCACAAGAGUCACGACACGGUGACACUGGCUAUGGAGAGAGCUAAGAGACAGAGUGACCUGGAUAACAAAAUAGAUGAUUUGAAAAAGAAAAUUGAAGACAAACAGGAGAAACUGGAGGAGAUGAAGGAGAAGCUGAUGCGGAUUCAGAUCUGUUUUUGACUUUGCUCUCUGGUUAUUUAGUCAAAAAUCCACCUAAAACUCCGGACCUCUUGAUAUUACAGACAUG